GCUUCAUACGGAAUCAGUCUCCCUUGAACAACCAACAUGACCGAAAUGCCACACUUGAAGUGGUCUGCGCAGUACACAGUCACAGCACAUUCAAGAUCACAUCCAUUGCCUGGCGACAAGAUCUUACUACCGCCUUCAGCACUCGAGGCACUUUUGUCUGCUUCUUCGAACCUCGCCGCCGAAACAGCGCGACGCGACCUGCCUCAAUAUGACCCAUACAAUUCAGCGACAUAUUCCGCUUAUCGCCAGGCCGAGUCACAAUAUCAGGACCAGAAACAGCAACUGCCAUACCCUUUGACCUUUCGCUUGGUACAUCCUGAAAGCGGACGCGUGGUAUAUGCUGGUAUUCGAGAGUUCUCGGCGAGUGAGGGACAGGUUGUGCUCAGCUCAUUUUUGCUGGAGACGCUGGGCUUGAGCGCAGAAGACCUGCACAAGCAUGAAGACGUUAUGCAGAUGGACGAAGAGGAAGGCGCUCCGCCAGCCAAUGGAGUGUCAGGACCUCAACUUACGGUUCAUGCGCGACAGCUACCAAAGGGUACCUUUGUAAAGCUGCGCCCGCUUGAGCCAGGCUAUGAUCCAGAGGACUGGAAGGCAUUACUGGAGCAGCAUCUUCGGGCAAAUUAUACGACACUGACGAAUGGUGAAGUCUUGGUAGUGCCGGGUGGACGAGGCGUCGGUGGGCAAAAGGAAGAAUAUAGGUUUCUAGUGGAUGGCUUCAAGCCUGAGGCGGACGGCAUCUGCGUCGUGGAUACGGAUCUUGAGGUUGAUAUCGAAGCGCUAAACGAAGAGCAAGCACGCGAGACCAUGAGACAAAUAGCGGCAAAAAUGCAGAAAGCGCCAGGAACGGAGAAGGGAAGCUCAGCUGGUGGAGAGCUAGAUCUCUUCAAGGAGCAGGCUGGGCAAGUGCUUCCAGGAGAAUAUGUGGACUACACGCUGCCAUCUUGGGACAGGGCACAAGGUCUUGAACUGGAAUUGGACGCAAUGGAUGACGAUGAGGAUAUCAGCAUAUUUGUCAACCCUCUCUCUGGCACGCAGCGCGCAAAGCCCAGAAUAGAUGAGUUCGUCUUUGCAGAUCUCGACACUCGACCAAGGAAGCGGGUACGGCUGGAGCCCACGAAUGCAGAGCUAGAGCAUGCUGAAGCUCUUCAAGUCUCCGUUCACGCCCUUGCCUCUGCGGAGAGCCUUGCGAAUGGAACGUCAAACAGCGGAGCAGUCGAGCCACGGCAUUACACUAUACGCGUACGACAUCUCGAUCCGAAGGCGACUACAAACCAUGCAGAUUCGAUCGAUAGCGAGGCGCCUCCAAAUGAAGGCGAUGUUCGUUGCAAAAACUGCAAGCAGUGGGUACCGCAGCGAACACUGAUGCUUCACGAAAACUUCUGUCUGCGGAACAACAUCCUGUGUCCGAAAGGCUGCGAUCAAGUAUUUCAGAAGCGAUCGCCCGAGUUUCAGAACCACUGGCAUUGCCCUCAUGAUGAAACAUAUGGCAACUCGGCGACUACGCAUCAACAGCACGACUCAAUCUUUCAUCCCGCAGAUAUUCUUCGAUGUAGCGAUUGCAGCACGGCAGAGACGUUUGCGAAUUUGCCAAGUCUCGCUCGACAUCGGACAAGCACUUGUCCCGGCAAGCUCAUCCUGUGUCGAUUCUGCCAUUUAGAAGUUCCACAAGAAGGCGAUCCCGAUGUUCCGAAUGCAGAAGCUUUGCUGUCUGGGAUGACGCCUCAUGAGCUUGCUGACGGAGCUCGAACGACGGAAUGCCAUCUGUGUUCGAAGAUUGUUCGACUGCGUGACAUGGAGACUCAUCUCAAGAAUCAUGAUCUAGAUCGACUGCAACGCCCAGCUCCCACGCCUUGUCGCAACGUCAACUGUGGUCGAACACGAGACACCUGCUCGAAGAGCGGCGACACAAGAGCAGGCUCCCGCAUGGGUCAAGGCCCUGGGAACGACGUCGGCCUCUGCUCUGUCUGCUUCGGACCACUCUACGUCAGCAUGUACGACCCCGACAACAAAGCUCUUCGCCGCCGCAUCGAACGCCGCUACCUCCAACAACUCCUCACCGGAUGCGGAAAGCCUUGGUGCAAAAACGAGUUCUGCAGAACAGGCAGGAAGAACCUCGAACUCAACCCGAACAUCACCACGAAAGAUGCUCUACCUAUGGUCAAGCCAUUUCUGGAUGUGGCGCAGGCUACUACUCCUUUGCAUUUCUGUGUUGACGAGCAGAGUCAGAGGCAGAGAAAUCUUGCGGCGAUGAUUGCUGCUGAGGACGCUGGUCCUGCGGGUAAAGGUGGGUUUGCUUUUGAGUGGUGUCUGGGUGCGCUUGAGGCUGAGGGUGGGGAUUUGGACGGUGCUAGACAGUGGUUGAAGAAUUGGGCUCCGGCGAGGGGCGAGGAGAGGAGAUGAGUAUCUCACAUAGGCAGAAGACCUCGAACGACAACGCUCAGGUUUGCAUGCAAUGUCGUUGAAUUAUGUGUCUUGACACGAG